AUGACACCACACAUGUGACAGUCACCCAAGCAUAUGACGGCCGCAGAGCUAAAUGGUGGCCCCGACCCAUUUUGCAGGCUGAGACCCGCCUCUCCCCGCCGUUCCCUGCUCCGGUGACGGAAGAACCCUGAAAGCCCAGCCGUGCGGGUAGAAAAAUAUUAUGUCCGUAUGAUUGUAAUUGAGCAUCAUUCACAUCAUAAUACUGGUCAAGUUUGCCGCAAGAGAUCAGCCCCGAAAUCAUCCAGUUUUUGGUUCGAUUCGGAGCCUUCCCAGUUUUCGGUUCUCGUGCUCUGAGCUUUCUUUGGUUCUCGGUGAGAAUUUUGGACACCCAUCACGCGAUUGGGUUUGAUUUUGCUUUGCUUUGUCGACAGAGCAGAAUUUGGAUUGCACGUCGUUUGUUACUCUUAAUCUCAAAAACCCGAUGGCUUGCCAGUGCAUUAGGGUACCCCUUUCUCACUCUUUUAUCUGCGUGCAUGUUCAUGACGAUUGAUGUGUUAUUACGACUUUGAAGUAUUACCCUCAUAGAGUGUAAGCCUGGUUGACUGAAUACAUGUGCUGAUUGGUCCAAGUGUGGAAAAAAUGGAAGCACGCCCUGCUUUAUCUAUUCAAAGAUCAAGUGCAGGACAAUUGAGCAAUAUUGGAGCUUCUGGAGCUCUAUCAUCAUCCUUGCCCGUUCUCCCCCCUGGGUUGGAAGAGAAAUGUCAAAAGUUGCCCAACUCCCAACAGGUUUCUAUGGAGAGGGAACUUAAUGCAAGCCCUUUGGCUCUUCAUACUUCUUUACCCUCCAACAGUGGGGUUGUUGGUCCAAUGUUUUCAUCUACGCCAGGAUUCUCAAACAGUCUUCAUUUUUCUUCCAUUGGACCUUCUGAAAGGCAUUUGGGAAAGUCUCCUUUUAUUUCUCAGUCAUUAAAUGGUGGGGCAUCAAUGCCGCUAAAUCUUUGUGAUUCUAGGAUGCUCCAAUCUACAGCACCUAGCAGCAAUGAUUCCUGGUGUACAGAUCCCCUUCCAAAUUUCUUGGACUAUCAUGUAAAUAGUCCUAUUCAGAAUAGUCAGACAGGUAACAGCAACAGUGUUGGCUGUAGAAUGCCAGCCGAAGACCCUAGUAAACGGAAUAACUGGCAGGACUGGGCAGACCAGCUAAUUAAUGAUGAUGAUUCCUUGACAUCUAACUGGAACGAAAUUUUUGCUGAUAGCAAUGUUGAAUGCCCAGGACCAAAGAUGGCAUAUCAUCUGGAAAAACCAUUAACAAGUUUUUCAGCACCACAUCCUCAAGCACUACAGCAGAUUCCAGCUUCAUCUGGUGAGUCUUGUGCUGCUCCUAACUCCACAUCCUCAGCAAGUGGUCCGCCAACCAAACCACGCAUGCGUUGGACUCCGGAACUUCAUGAGGCCUUUGUUGAAGCAGUCAAUAAGCUUGGUGGUAGUGAAAAAGCUACUCCUAAGGGCGUAUUGAAGCUAAUGAAAGUUGAAAGUUUGACAAUCUACCAUGUGAAGAGCCACUUGCAGAAAUAUAGAACAGCAAGAUAUAGACCAGAGUCAAGAGAAGGAUCCUCAGAGAAAAAGUUGACUCCUAUUGACGAAUUGACGUCUCUGGACUUAAAAACGAGUAUUGAUAUCACUGAAGCAUUACGCUUACAGAUGGAAGUCCAGAAGCGCCUCCAUGAGCAGUUAGAGAUUCAAAGAAAUUUACAGCUGCGAAUAGAAGAGCAAGGGAAGUACCUCCAGAUGAUGUUUGAGAAGCAAUACAAAGCAGGCGACAAGCUUAAGACCUCAUCAGAAGUCCUGGAAAACCCUUGUUGCAACACGGCGCAUGCAAUCCCGGGCUCCCCUUCCAAAAAUGACUCAGGAACCACACAGUUGGAUGAAAGAGAGAAUCAAAAUGCCAGAGCUGAUGUCACCACAGCAUCGAUCCAAGUUUCUCGGAAGUUGGGAGAAAAACAAAAGGUGCCUGACAGUGAAGAUUCUGAGGAACUCGAGGCAAAUGCCGGCGGGGCUAGUUCCCAACCCUCAAAGCGCGCAAAAGCAGAUGAAUAAUUCAUCCAAGUGUCUGAUAGGAGAAUACUGAUACUUGAAAAAAUCUGGCUCUCUGAGUAGGAUAGCCAUAAAUCUGAACCCCAUUAAAGAGCUUUGGAACCCUGAUGUCCAGAUUUGCUCAUUUCUUUUAGUUGAAUUGUCAUUAUGAGCAAGGAUGAAUUAAGUAGAAUUUCAAGUGGAGAAAUGAAUCGAACUUGUGUGUGUCCCAGAGUAGUAUUUUACACGGUUAGCAAAUAGGUAUGCUUUUGUUUUUCCUUUCUAAGGAUGUUGAAUGUGAAUGACAAGUAUUGUUUGUCUUACUCAAUACUGGAAGGACAGUAUCUUUGUUACAGGAUGAUCUUUGUCAAGUGCAGAGCAUUUCUGGGAAUAUUGAAUGCCCAUGAACUUUAAGCUUUCCCA